AUGGGCGCCCUCUGCUCCCGGUCUGAGCUGAAUGAAGGGGAUCAGUCAGACGACAGCACCAAGGAAGCAAGCGCCCUCACCACAAUGGCCCGAUUCCCUCGCUCCACCAAGAAGCUGCCCGCCGCUCAUCGCAUCCGUCAACGCGAGAUGGCUGCUGCCCGGAGCCUCAUCGACGCUCAUGACGCCGACAUUUCCGCAUUGGCCCCGGCCAAGCAGCCCGCCUGGCGCGGCAUCAACCCCGACGCCGGCUAUGCCUCCGUCGACGACUAUCUCGCCCUGCGCGGCCAGAUGCUCCAUCGCGAGAAGGCCCUCGACUUUGACUUUAGCUGCCGCAACGACAGCUCCCCCGAUGAGCGCCGCGCCGAGACUAUCAUCCAGCGCCUCAAGCGCGAGGACAAGGCCGGCGUAUAUGACGCCGCCCCGCCCCGGACCGGUUUCAACGGACAGAAGCACCCCCGGUUCGCCGGCGAUCACUUCCUGUCCAACCUACCCCUCAUCAACCAGACGGCUCUGUUCGACGUUGCGCGCCAUAUGCCCAAGGGCGCUCACCUGCACAUCCACUUCAACGCAUGCCUUGCACCCAACGUGCUGCUGAAUAUCGCCAAGGGCAUGGAUCGCAUGUUCAUCACUAGCAACAUCCCUCUGCUCUCCGAUGACGACUGUGCCAGCUUCGAUCAGUGCGAGAUUCAGUUCUCACUGAUGAGUACCGAGAAGGAGUGCCCCGGCGACUUGUUCUCUACUACAUAUGAGUCCCGCCAGACGAUGAAGUUCCAGGACUUCCUCAAGCGCUUUCCGCAGUACUACAGCCAGACCACAGCUGAGGAGUGGCUGCUCAACAAGCUCAUGUUUGAUGAGCGAGAGACACACAACCACCUGCAGACAGCAUCUGGCGCGUGGGAAAAGUUCAACGGCCGAACAAGGAUGAUGAAGGGACUCUUCAACUAUGAAACGGCAUACAGAAAGUAUACCCGGCUAUGUCUCGAGGAUUUCAUGAAGGACAACAUCCAGUACGCCGAGAUCCGGCCAAACUUCAUGACCAACAACCAGCUCUACCACGACGAUGGUACGGGGCCUAUCGAUAACUGGGGUAUCAUGAAGAUCAUCAUCGAUGAGGUGGAGGCGUUCAAGGCUGAUAUUGCUCGGGAGAACAAGUCAUUUGGUGGUCUGAAGGUCAUCUACUGCACUCCUCGGUCCUUCCGACCACAGGAUGUCAAGGCAGCUCUCGAUGAGUGCCGCGAGUUCAAAAAGCGUUGGCCACAGUGGAUCGCAGGAUUCGAUCUUGUUGGCGAAGAGGCUAAGGGGCGACCCCUGAAGGACUUUGUCCCAGAACUCCUCGAAUUCCAGAAGCUGUGCCGAGAGGAGAAGUUGGAGAUUCCGUUCCUCUUCCACUGCGGCGAGACCCUGGACAUGGGUACCGACACCGACGCCAACCUUGUAGAUGCGCUCCUUCUCAACUCGAAGCGCAUCGGUCAUGGGUUCGCGCUAUCAAAGCAUCCUUACAUCAUGCAGCAUAUGAAGGAGCGCAACAUUUGCCUCGAGUUGUGCCCCAUCUCGAAUGAGAUUCUGGGUCUUACGCCACGGGCCAGCGGACACGCCAUGUAUCAACUACUGGCCAAUAACGUGCACUGCACAGUGAGCUCGGAUAACGGAACUCUGUUCCGGUCUUCGCUAUCGCACGAUUUCUACCAGGUCAUGGUCGGCAAAGACGACAUGGGUCUCUACGGCUGGAAGCAGCUGGUUCUAUGGAGCCUUCAGCACUCGUGCCUCGAUGCGGAAGAGUUUGAACGGAUCUCGACACAAUGGGAGAAACAGUGGAAGGAGUUCAUCGGGUGGUUGAUUGAGACAUACGGCAACGGCCCUAAGCUGGCCUAG